ACACAACUGAAACGAAACGAGUGUGCGUAGAAACCUAAAACAUACAACACGGUCUCCGUGUCUCUCACAUCAACACAUGUGCCCCACCAACACCAAUGGCCGGAGCUCCGGUUCCAAUUCAAGAUCCGGCGAUUCCUCCAACUGGAUCUCCGACGCAAUCAACGGCGGAUCUCUGCGCCACGUCGACCUAAACACCGGAACCAAUGGCUGGGCCUCGCCGCCCGGCGACCUCUUCCACCUCCGCUCGAAGAGCUACUUAACAAAACGGCAAAAGUCUCCCGCCGGCGACUAUCUCCUUUCUCCGGCAGGCAUGGACUGGCUGAAGUCCACCGCCAAACUCGACAACGUACUCGGUCGCGCCGAUAAUCGCGUGUCGCAGGCGCUUCGGAGAGCACAAUCACAGGGCAAGUCAAUGAAGAGCUUCAUCUUCGCCGUGAACCUUCAGGUUCCCGGAAAGGACCACCACAGUGCGGUGUUCUACUUCGCCACAGAGGAACCGGUCCCGGCCGGUUCGCUCCUGGGGCGGUUCAUCGAUGGCGAUGACGGUUUCAGGAACCAGCGGUUCAAGCUGGUGAACCGGAUCGUGAAGGGACCGUGGAUUGUGAAGAAGGCGGUGGGGAAUUACAGCGCGUGCUUGUUGGGGAAGGCGCUGACGUGUCACUAUCACAGGGGUCCGAACUAUUUUGAGAUUGAUGUUGACAUUGGAAGCAGCGCCAUCGCCAACGCUAUAUUGCACCUCGCAUUGGGAUAUGUGACCACCGUUACCAUCGAUAUGGGGUUUGUGGUCGAGGCCCACACGGAGGACGAGUUGCCGGAGAGAUUGAUAGGAGCUGUUAGAGUCUCUCAGAUGGAGAUGUCCUCCGCCACCUUCGUCGAUGUCCCCAACGCGCCGCCUGUGCCGCGUGGGAUUGGAUUAACCAAGGUGAAUCACCAUAAUAAAUCUUAGUGGUUGGUCAACAAGUAUAAACCAUUUUAUUUUUUUAUUUUUUAAAUUCUCAGUAACUGCUUAACAUCUUUCUGGGUACUCGGUGUAAUUUUAGGCCCUUUUUUUGGGGAUUGGUGAAAACUGAAAAGAGAGUAAUAUUUAUUCGCUGAAUUUGCUUCCAUUGGAACUUUUUAUUUUUAUUUUUAUUAAUUCCCUGUUAUAUUUUGAUGAAUGAAGUAAGGUACAAAGUAAAAUUGUAAUAGGAGAGGAAUUUUAUGCCCUUUUUCC